AUGGCUUUCCCUUCGGUGGGAGGGCCCUUCGUCUGGGCUUUCUUGGCGUUUUCUUCUGUCCUUCACUUCUUCGAGCAAUAUCUUGAGUGGAGGCAGCUGCAAAAGAACAGGGAGACCACGGUGCCAGCGGAAUUCCAAGGUGUUGUUGAUGAGUCGAAGUUCCUGGAAUCACAGGUAUACCAGAAGGACAAGCGCCUCUUUGGCUUUGUGAAAGACUGGGUUAGCUUCAUCUAUGAUAAGGUGCAGCUCUUUCUGAUUACUCCUUGGCUGUGGCACUAUGCAGUCGCGGUCUUUGGUGAGGAGGCGGAGUACAGCUGCACCCUCUUCUGGCUCUUCCUACUGCAGUGGGUGGAAAAGCCCAUCACCAUCCCGUUCUCCCUCUACUCCAACUUUGUAGUGGAGGAGAAGCACGGAUUCAACAAGAUGACUGUCAAGCUGUUCAUUACGGAUCUCAUCAAGAGUGAGCUUCUGACAUAUGUUUUCGGUGGCUUGCUGGUGCCCAUGCUCAUUUGGAUUGUUCGCUAUUUCGGCGCAGGCUUUUAUCUGUACCUGUGGGCCUUCGUCCAGAUGCUCAUGUUCGCUUUCAUGUGGAUGUAUCCAAACGUGAUUCAGCCGCUUUUCAAUGAGUUCAAACCAUUGCAGGAUGAGUCGCUCAAGGAGAAGAUCGAGGCAUUGGCCGCAGAGGUGCAGUUCCCCUUGACGAAGCUCUUUGAAGUUGACGGCUCCAAGAGGUCUGGCCACAGCAAUGCAUAUUUCUUUGGAUUUUGGAAGUACAAGCGCAUUGUUCUGUACGACACCUUGCUGCAUUUGAAGCACGAUGACAUUUUGGCUAUACUUUGUCAUGAGCUAGGUCACUGGAAGUUCGGCCACACGCUAACCAACCUGGUGAUAGCGUCUGCUCACAUCUUCGUGCUCUUCUGGCUUUUCGAUUUGGUGAUGUAUUCAGAGGUAUCUAAGCAGAUGACCAAGCAGUUCGGGUAUGGCGAUGCAAACGCGGUCAUGGUUUCACUCAUGCUGUUCAUGCUGCUAGUUUCCCCGACGGAACAGUUGAUGAAUCUGCUCAUGACCAUGCGAAGUCGCCUCAACGAGUUCCAGGCAGACAGUUUUGCUGCAAAAAUGGGCAGAUCAGAUGCCUUGCAGAGUGGUUUGUUCCAGAUACACGAGGAGAACAAGGGCGACUUGAACCCCGAUCCUCUUUACUCUUGGUACCAUUUCUCGCACCCACCACUGGUGGAACGGGUUCGUGCAUUGAAAACCUUGGAGACUGAUACCACCAAGAAGACCACAUGA